AUGGCAGAAUAUCGCAUGUUACAGACUGAAAACCUUCCAGGAAUAUAUGUCAUACCAUCAUAUGAAAAUUCAUUAUUAUGGUUUGGAGUAAUAUUUGUAAGAUCUGGCGUCUAUGAAGGUGGAGUGUUUCGAUUUACCCUAACAUUACCAGAAAAGUUUCCUGAUGAUAGUGUUCCUGUUGUCACUUUCAAUUCAAAGUUAUAUCACCCAGCAGUCAAUGCAACAACUGGUGUUCUCAGUUUAAAUGAGGUGUUUCCACAAUGGGAUAAAAAACAAAACCACAUUUGGCAAAUACUUAAAUACUUGCACUGGAUAUUUAACAAUUUAAACUUGAAAUCUCCUGCUAACUUAGAAGCUUCUGUGGCGUUUAAAACAAAUCGUAAAGUAUUCCUUGAAAGAGUGAAAGAAUGUGUGAUGACUAGUAUUGAUCAUGUAUAUGAUGACCCCAAUACUGAUGACAGACAUUACAUAACAUUCAAACCAUAUGAUCCUGAAGUUCACGACAAUGCAAGAAAUUUAAUGCUUAAAACAUCAAGAACAAAUGAAGGAUCUUAUGGCAUAUCAUGGAUACAACCCGGUUCCUUUCAAUCAUUCUCUAAAGAAGAAACUACAUGA